AUGGAAAGUCGUGAAAAGCGAAUUUAUGUGGGAAAUUUAAGUAAAAAUAUUCGUGCUUCAGACCUUUAUGAUCAUUUUAUAAAAUGUGGAAAAAUCAGUCAAAUUUUUUACAAAGAACCGCCUUUUGCUUUUGUUGAGUUUGAGGAACCGGAUAGUGCGGAGUUGGCUAUAAGAACUUUAGAUUUGUCAGUUGUAAAUAAAAGAAAAAUUUUUGUUAAAGAAUUUUUUCGAAAAAAUAAAAAAAGUGACAAAAAAGUGAAGAAGAAAGUUUUUAAUGAUGAAAUUGAAGAAAACGAGUCGAUUGACAUGCAAAAAUUCUUCACCAAACAGUAUGGUUACUGUGGACAUAACUCAAUUCUAAAUGGAAAUGGAUCAAUUCACAAAUGCUGCAUGAUAACCAUUGAAAAACGUGAUGUUUUACCAUAUGCAGAGCAUUUAGCCAAAAACUUAUCAAAUCUUGGAAUUUCAAAUGAGAUUGACUACUUAGACUUAAAUUCAUCAAGAGACUCAAUUCUACAACGACUAUUUAUGGACGGGUAUUACUUUGCAAUUUUUGUCAACGACUCGAAUGUCAAGUGCCAAAGCUUUUCGGUUUUUACUCUACGGGGGAUGCGAAUCGAGCACAAAAACAUUCCAUUUGAUGAAGGAAUAAAAUUAAUUUUUAAAAUUUAUAUCCAAAAAAAUAUUCAAUAUUCGACUGAGAAAAUGCCUGAAAAUAUCUUAAAUUUCAUCGAACAGCUCAUCUUUAAUGGAAACUUGACAGUCACUCAAUACAAUGUCUUAAUCUCAUACCUCAGACACAAAAGGAAAGAGCAAAGGAAGCUUGAAGUUGGAAAUUUGGAUGAUUUAAAAGCAACGAGUGAAAAAUUCGAAAAUUCAGUUUAUGAAGAACUUUUUAAGAAGGUUUUAAAUGCACUGGACAUAGUCAUUGACAGGUGGGUAUGGAGGGAAAUUCAUAGCGAUUCAAAAAAAAGCUGAAAAUAAAAAAA